AUGAACACCAACUACCAGCCCUACCAUCCAGCUCAUGCCCAAGAGAACAAGGAGCAGUUCAAUCAGGGCAUGUACACCACGUAUCAACCAUAUCACCCUGCUUUCGCUCAAGAGAGUAAAGAACAAUUCAAUCAGGCUCCUCCGCCCUUCGCCGCCAAUUCACCAGCGUGGAAUGGCCAAGCCUACGUAAAUCAAGUACCAUACAACGCGAACGCCGCUCCUGCCUCGAUCAAUGCGGUACCUCACAAUCACGGGGUCCUCCCACUACCAAACACGACUGUUUUGAAAUCUAGCCGUUUGGUCUCUCCUAUCUCGUUUGGAACUUCGAUCACAUGGAUUGUCUUAGGUGGUAUAUGUGUCAUCGCUGCUAUUGCCAUGAUGGUCGUCAAUGGUGGCGCAUAUCCUGGAGGAAUCGGUCUACUGGCGGCCGGUCUGAUAUGGUUGGCCAGCGGGACCGUUUGGCUAGUCAUGAUCAAGGUUCACCGUUCCCGCCAGAAGAAGCAAGGCAUUCCUAGCUGA